AUCGUAUUCUCCUCUCUUCUCCUCCCGUCUCCAGAACACACCGAGGGACUCAGGCGAACGGCUGGGCGGCUCCGGCUUCCUCCAGUGCCUGUGAUUAAGUGCUUUGAAGGCCUGGAUACAUCCUUCCCCUGGUGUUAUUCUGUAUAGGGAAGAGAAAUCUUGGAUGUAAAGCUGUUUCCAGUGAAAAGACGGGUUGUCUACAGCUCGGACCCAAAUUUGCCACAAACAGCACACAGCAACGAAAAGGCAAGGUUACCGACGCAUCGCCGGUGACCCGAUCGAACCCAGCUAUGUCGGCGCGUGACAGAGAGACAGCCAUGGCGCUGGCCCGCGUCGCCGCUGCUCUGGAUGGGGCGGUGCUCGGCCUGGGCACUGCCACCAUCGCCGUCGCCUCGUGGGUGAAGUACCUGGCCGUGUCAGGUCAGCUACGGCGCAUCGUCGCCGCUCCGGCAGUCGCCAUAUCUGAUAUCCGCUCUUUCCUCGUGGAAUACGGUGAGGGCGACGAGCCAGUCCUCGCAGCGGUGCGUGGCCACGUCCGUGCCGCCCCCCAGGGCAAGCUCCUCGUUCCCCCAGGCUCCGGCGAGCACUGCGUCAUAGCCAAGCACACCCAGAUGUGCUUGUUCAGUGAAUGGAGAGGCAUCUUUGGAUGGACCUUUGAUCUGCAUGCUCUCUUUUUCAAAUCUUUGAAGGAACAAAUUACAACAUCGUUUAGAUGGGUUCCAUUUGUUCUUGUAGAUCCUCAAAACAUGACUGGAAUAGUCCAUGUGAAUUUAGACAGGGCAAUGCAACCAUUACCUCUUACAUCUGUGUAUCAUAAACUUAUCCCAGUCGAGUCAACUCCAUACACAUUGUUUCAGACUAUUGUUGGCAAUGGCUACCCGGUUGCACUGUUGGAUGAGGAAAAGAUACUUCCUAUAGGAAAGGAGAUUACAGCAAUAGGGUUUUGUCGACCGCAUAGAGCAAGUGUUGGGAUCAGCUCGUGUCCAGAGAUACCUUUUUUCUUGUCUGAGCUCACCAAGGAUGAGAUGGAAGUUGAGUUGUCUUCUCGUGCUCAAACACUCUUCUGGGCUACUGUUGUUCUUGGAACAAUGUCAGUUUGCUUACUGGGAUUUGCGACUUACAGGAGCUGGAAGAAGAUCAAAGAGCGGAGGGAGGCAAGGCAAGCCCAAGAGGUAUUUCGACAAACUACCGAUGAUGUUACAGAUGAUCAGUCUAGUGAUGAAGAGGCUGGUGAAAUGGGAGAUGGGCAAUUAUGUGUUAUAUGCUUAAGGAAAAAAAGAAGAGCAGCUUUUAUUCCUUGUGGUCACCUUGUCUGUUGUUGCAAAUGCGCACUGAUUGUGGAACGCCAGUUCGAUCCAUUGUGCCCUAUGUGUCGGCAAGACAUUCGAUACAUGAUAAGGAUAUACAACAAUUGAGGUACACGGAAAGUUUCCUUUUAA